CGUGGCAGUGACGUCACUGCCGGAUAUGACGCGGAUCGGAACUUUAACUCCUGCGUUAUUUAGUUUUCACCAGAAACAUCGGGAGCUCUCGAAAUAUGAUCUAACAUCGACUCAAACGUGGGUGUGUGUGCAUGUGUCCGUGAAGAACACAGCACCUUGGAUGUGAGUUCGUCCACCGAGCCGGAGGUCUUCGUAUCCACCCAUCCCUCACAGCGGAGGAGGACACCGACGCUCCCGGGCGGCUUGUGGUCUUCAGCGGGCAGGUGACGCUCUCCCGGCGGCAGGAUGACGUGCCGUGACCGGACCGUUGAGUUCCAGUCAGCCUGUAAAUCUCUCCAGGGCAGACAGAAUGGAAUACAGCCCAGUAAACCAGCACUCAGCGCUCUCAGGCAGCGCAGUGACUUCACAGUUAUGGCCAAGAGAAUUGGGAAAGACCUCAGCAAUACAUUUGCCAAACUGGAAAAGCUCACUAUCUUGGCAAAGAGAAAAUCUCUAUUUGACGACAAGGCGGUGGAGGUUGAGGAGCUAACGUACAUCAUAAAACAAGACAUCAACAGUCUAAAUAAACAGAUAGCACAACUGCAGGACUUGGUGAGGUCCCGCGGAGCUCCGGGUGGUCGGCAUAUCCAAACCCACUCUAACACUAUAGUGGUGUCAUUACAGUCCAAACUGGCUUCAAUGUCCAAUGACUUCAAAUCGGUCCUAGAAGUAAGAACAGAGAACCUGAAGCAGCAGCGCAGCAGGAGAGAGCAGUUCUCGCAGCCUCCGGUCUCGUCUUCUCCUCUGAUGGCCAACAACUUCAGGAGCCGCAAAAAAGGGGCCCAGGAGCCGCAUGCAGCUCGUGAGCCACGCAAUGACUACCAGGGCUAUACAACCUCAAAUUUAAAAGAGAGCUCAGUCCUGAUGCAGGAUGAGUCCCGGAGUCUGGGGGAUGUGGCCAUCGAUAUGGGCUCUCAGUCCAAUCCCAUGCAGCUCCAACUUAUUGAUGAGCAGGACUCGUACAUCCAGAGCCGUGCAGACACCAUGCAGAACAUUGAGAGCACCAUUGUGGAACUGGGCUCUAUAUUCCAGCAGCUGGCGCACAUGGUCAAAGAGCAAGAGGAGACGAUUCAGAGGAUCGAUGCAAACGUGGAGGACACUCAGCUGAACGUGGAGGGCGCCCACACAGAGAUCCUCAAAUACUUCCAGUCGGUCUCUUCCAACCGUUGGCUGAUGAUCAAGAUCUUUCUCGUCCUCAUCGUGUUCUUCAUCAUCUUUGUCGUCUUCUUUGCCUAAAGAAAGGAGGACCGGCUAAAGGAAGGGGGAAGCGGACGUUAAAUCUAAAGCUGGACUAAGACAACACAUCCAGACUUAAAAUUUGAAGGACAGGCUCCUCUGUCAAAGUGACGGCUUGAUGGAGGCUUGGGAUCCACUCAGAUUAAUACAGACUUGUCGGUUAUUCCCAAGCCCCAGACUCUAUCUUAAUUCAAAGAUUCAGUGAAGAAAGAAGAUGAUGAACUCUGUCCAAACAAAAAAGAAUUAAUUAUCUAAAAUCCUUGCUUUGUAUAGAGAGAGCAGAAAACUGCCCUUGUACUUUGACCAACUACUCAUAAACAUUUAAUCCAAAUGGCUAUAAUUUAAUGGUUUGAUUCUGCAAACUCUUUUUAAUUUCUUUUUUUUCUUGUCCUCCCAUGCCACAUUUCACCUGUUAUUAUCAUUAUUCCAAAGCCAAACAACAGAACUGGAGUUUAUCCUCAAAUAAUUUUUGCUUCUUGGUUUACCUGCUUUUUAUUGAAGAGAAUGACUGUGUCUCAUUUAUCAGCGAUUUUUCACUUAACACUGUUCAGUUAUGAUGAGGAAUAUUUUUAAUCCUUUUCCCUUUUGUUUUUCUUUCAAUGUCUUUUUGCCAAACAAGUACUCCAAAUGAACUGUGACACAAUACGAAGACAUUCUCUGUGGGCUGGCAUUUCGUCUCCUGAAGGCACAAGAAGGCAGUUAGAGCCAGUUAAUAAAGGGGACUUUGUUAGUUUCAUCCAGGAACGAGCUGUAUGACAUGUUAAGCUAUGUAAGAAAACUGUUUUAAAUUAAACUGGUUGCAGCCGUGAA